CAGUUGCUGAAUGUCAUGGCACGAUGUGCUGUGCUUGUAGUUGUUAUAUUCCUCGACGAUUUAUAUUCUGUAUAUCCUUGUUUUUAGAGGCUUUGGUGGGGAACUACGGCUUUAUAAAUGAAAACAAGUUCCAAGGACUUAGAUGAAUGCAAAGAAGAGGUAUUCUUUGAUAUUUUUGAUCAGUUUACUAUGCUGCAGUGCCUUCAUCGUGUACAGAAAGUCGAUCCACUCCGGGCGUCGUUCUGCAAGACCUAUUACUCGACUAAACAAGGGAGUUCAGCUGGGACAGAAAAGGUUAUGUUUUGUAGAUAACAAAGAUGAAUUUAGUCUACAGGACAGAGUUGGUUUUCGUCAGGAACGUGCAGCCUUGCGGAAUACAGAAUGCACUAUGGAGACAUGUUUUGAUAGGACGAAAUGUCUAAAUGACUUCAAAGUUUACGUUUAUCCGAUUCAACCCGGGGAGAAAAUUUCUCCUUUAUUUGGGAAAGUUUUAAAAGUACUGAGAGAGAGUCGGUUUUAUACAGACGAUCCAAGCAAGGCUUGUUUAUUUAUUCCUUCGGUCGAUACCUUAGACCGCGAUAACUUGAGCGAGGAUUAUGUUCACCAGUUGCCAGCAAAAAUCGCGGCACUACCGCAUUGGAAUGGUGGAAUAAACCAUGUCAUUUUCAAUCUUUUUUCGGGAACGUGGCCUGAUUAUUCCGAAGAUUUACUUUUUAACACUGGUAAAGCAAUAUUAGCGAAAGCGUCAAUGUCAAUGGAAUUUCAUAGAUCUCGCUUUGACAUUAGUUUUCCGCUCUUUCUCAAAACUCACCCGCAAAAAGGAAGCGGCGUUCCUGAGGAUGCGACAAACUGUGCGGUGUUUCCGCUCGAUAGAAAGUAUAGACUUGCUUUUAAAGGGAAACGUUACCUAACUGGCAUAGGAAGCGAGUCAAGGAACUCAUUUUAUCACAUUCAUAAUGGCAAGGAUAUUGUGCUGUUAACGACCUGCAAACAUGGCAAGAAUUGGAGUAAGUUGAAAGACCGACGGUGCGACCAAGACAACGCUGAGUACGACAAGUGAGUAAUCAUUCAUUAGAAUGUGCACUUUGUUUGACUUACGCUUUAUGUCUAGGCAUGUAUUUAAAAGUGUUUCACUUGCAGGAUUGCAGGAUUACAUCCUGGUGGUAUCCAAAUCGGUUCAAAAGACUUUUUAUAUUCUGUUGGCGGAUUAAAUCUUUGGAAUGCAACCUCCCCCAAAGCAGUGGCAUUAUAUUAUUUUGAAAGCCUCGCUAUAAUCGCUUUCAAACUGCGAAAAUUAUCAUUGAGCUAUCCUUUGUGAGGUCUCAAUGGCUCCUUUGGGAGAUUUUUGGCAACCUUCACACCAUCAAGGUGUGUAAUCUGUUAAUUUUGGUACACGCGGGAUGUUUUGUGACAUUUGAGUGUGAUGGCAAUUAUACUUUUGUUCUUCUUUGUGUGACACUCAAAGUUGUGAAGACAAAUUUCCUUUCAGUGAAUUUUAUCAGUUGUAGAGUGCUAGAUCCAAAUACUCUGAGUUUGUUAUUUUUCGUGACUUUAAAAUCGCUAUGUUUAUUUAAUACAUUCUAAAUGAAAUGUCAAUUAGCAACCAGAUCGAAUGUCCUCUUACGUACGUUUUCCCAAGAUAACCAUUCUGUUGUCUGUAUUUCUAAUACAGUUGGUUUAAACAUGCCUUUGUACAAUAUGUUCAAAAUUUCAAUCAGUGUUUGCAUAAAUUGGCUCUUCUUGUGGUUGAAAGAUUUAUGGUAUUGGCAGAUGCCAACUUAUAUGUGUAAUCAUUGGAUAAAAUUUUGUUGUAAUUUUAUUCCAGUGGCUUUCUUUGUUACCGUGGUUUGCCAUUGGCUAUAAACACUGCAGAAACCUUCAUUUCUCUCUGCAACUUCUCAAGCUAGGAAUUUUAUAUUUGUUUUUUUUAAGUGCCUUAUAAAUUUAUUCAGUAUAUUUAAUUGCAUUUUGUAAUUCAAUUUUCUCAAGUGGUUUCUUUAGAAAUAAAGUAACUUCCAUUAUAUUUAUUUUGUGUCGAAGAUAAGAACCCUUUUUUUACACAAAGACAUUCUUGUCAAAUUGAUUACUGUAGAAACAAACAGGUCUUUAAGCUUAGAAUCAACAGUUACUGAUCACAUGACUUUACUCUCUCCUAACACAAUAUAUUAUGUGACCUCAUUUUCUAGUUGAUUUCAUGUCAUAAAAGUUUUGUUUAAUGUUUAAUAAUUUGUUUAAGAAUCAAACAUUAAGUUUGUGUUUUGUUGCACCCAGACAAAUAACUGUAGUAAAGAUUUUCUCGGAAGUAAAAAAAAAUUGACAGCCGGCAUUUACAUGCUGAUUGGGGCAAGUAUGAAAUGAAAACAUGAAGUGGGUUGUCUAAUAGCUCUCAUUGCAGUGGACUCACUUUAGAAUGCGAUGUACAUUAUUUAAGUUGCGGUAGUUGAAGUAUGCAAAAAACAUAGUGUUGAACUUUGGGAAAAUCUCAUGAAUGAGGAGAAAAAGGUCCUAUUAUUUAAGUUGUGGUAGUUGAAGUAUGCAAAAAACAUAGUGUUGAACUUCGGGAAAAUCUCAUGAAUGAGCAGAAAAAGGUCCUCUCAGAAUCUAGGAUAGUAUGCAUAAACAUAGUUGAAAGAUGAUGUAAAACAGAACCACAGCAAAACAAAACUUUAUACAAGUUGUUUAAAAAUUAAUGUUUGUUUGUGAUAGAAUACAGCCUUCAAAUCUUAUAGACACCCUUGCACUGACUUAUUUAAUAUUAAUUACCACGGAGCAAUAGCAGGAAAGUAUAAUUAUCACUUUACAUAAUUAAUUUGUGUGGGAACCUUCUUUGCGGGUUCUUGGUGGCAUAAUUGUUUUCUGUAAUCGUGACAAUAAUUUGAAAAUAAGGAGAAAUAAAAAAAGAAUGACGUGUAGUUAACAACAUAAAAUUAUUAUGACGUAGUUAACCCAUUCGCUCCUGGAGAUUUUGCCGAAAAACGCGUUUUGAAGCUAGUCGACUGGUUUUCUGGUCACUGUUGUGCUAUAAAGAGCUAAAACUUACCACAAACCGGUUUACAGGUCGUACACUUGGCGGCCUUCUGAUCCAGAUGCAAAAUAUCAGCUUGCGAAGUUCGGGCAUGCGCAGAAAGCAAAAUUUCGACAUAGUUUUUGGGUUUAAAAGUGACACAGCAGUCUUGACUUUUACUUUUCGCUUUCUCUCCUCCCUUCUUUUUUCGCUUUUCCUGCCUCAUUUUUUUUUUCUCUUGCUGGGCAUUUAGUAGGCUUCAUUUUGGUGGGAAGAGUUUUUAGGAAAGCUUUUAGGAUCUUAGGAUUAGGUGAAAGGAAAGGUAGGUGGGUAAUGAACAAGAUUUUCAUGGAGAUUUUCAGGUCCUUGUCACGUGGUUUUUUGCUUCUUUCUCCGGUGUCCUUGACUGAAUUGUGCUCAUUCUGGUAUGGUUUGAAAGAUCUCUUCAUUCUGCACACGUGUUCGAAGAAAGUUGUCCUUGAUCGUUAAAACUGAUGACGUCACAAAGGGUAGAAAGGACCUGGAUCCGCACGGGCGGUUACGGGCGGUUCAGGGGCGAAUGGGUUAAAGGGUGCCAAGAAAGACAGUUUUACAGCUUGCCAUUCAGGCAAGCAGUAGCUGUAGCUAAUGUAUACUAGCCCAAAAUUCACCCAAAAAAUUUGAUGAGUACUGAUUACAGUUAUUCCAUAAUUUGAAUUCCCCCAAAACUUCACUAAGUUAAGAACAGAUUUCAUUAGUCCGAUAACCAAAUCCACUAGCUAUGUGAGGCUAUCACAUUUCUUUCUUUGCUUGCUGUUGUUAACCUGGAAGUGUGUGAUAUUGCAAUCCAACUCUCUUUGACUUAAAACAUAUGUCAUCAAGAUUUCAUACCAUUUUACUAAAGAAUUAUUGAUCCUAACAAAGAUGGUAUUUGACUCACAGUUUAUAAAUCCUAAUUUAUAGAUGACCUGAAAUUGACCACAACUGAUUACGUGAUUUGCAUCAGACAUGCAAUAUAUUUAAUAGCUGAAAGUACAAAUCAAGUGGAAGUUGUAUUCUUUCUAAAAAAAUACGUGACUCUGAAUUUGCAUGUUGGAUGGAUGAUGUUGUAGAAAAUCUACCUGGAUUAAAUGGAUUUUUUUGUUUUCAUAUUUCAGGCAUUGGAAUAAUCUAGAAUUUAUACCUUAUUGCUUCAGGGUAAAGCAGAGUUUUCAUUAAAAAUUCUGGUAGCAGGAGAAAUGUGUAAUGUUAUGGGAGAAUAUUUUGAAAGAGGCUCCUCAUCUGAAUAACAAAAAAAAAUAGUCAUAGACUACUGAACGUCAGCCGGAGAAUUUUGCUUAGUGAAUGGAGAAUUCUCUGAUCUCCAAUGCCUAAUAAUUACCCUGGUAAAGUGUUGAUUGAUUACUUUUGCCAUUUUGUUGACAAUUCGUGGACCUGCAAAAGCAUUCAGUGUUUAGCCUUGGUUACACAAAACAGUUCAAGAAACAAGGUGUCUGCUUAAUGCACGAUUGCUUGUUACAGAAAACAAUAAAUGCAAAGUAAAGUGUGGGAUGCAUUGUUUUCAGUGUCUGCCCAAAACAGGGUGUCCACCCAUUCGUCUCUGGCCAAGGGCUGGUAUGUACCUGCCAAUUUUUUCUGAGACAAGUGUGAGGGAUUUCUGUAUGACUGCCAGGUUUCCAAAACAACCUAAAAAUUUCUGACAAUUUUGCAAAUACAUCUGGCCGCUGCUCAAAAUUUUUUCGAAGAUAUUCCAACUUCCUUUCAACAUUUCCAUAGCUCCAAUAUGGAGCUCAUGUCUUGUCCCUACAAUUAAAAUGCAAUCUGAAAGCAAUAGCUUUAGCGUGUUUUGAUACACUUGAGACACACAGUCAACGUUACAUGCCUUUUUGGAAUAUUUUAAAGAUAUGGAAUUGAAUUUUUUUUAUUGAUCAUGAACAAGAACAAAAUCGUCUGGAUGUGUGAGUCAGACAUACAUGUAAAAAGUAAAUAUUGUCCUUGAUGAGUGAGAAUGAUGUCUGUAGUCCCCAGGCAUGUGACUCAAGCAUAAUGCAUGAGAGUUGGCAGGUUUAGGCCUGGUGGUUAAAGGCAGUUGGAGUGUGAACCUGCUAAUAUUAGUAAUAUUUUUUCAAAAUGUAAUUUCCUUUCAGAUAUGAUUAUGAUGAACUUCUUAAAAAUGCCACAUUUUGCCUGGUGCCUCGGGGAAGGCGUCUUGGAUCUUUCAGGUUCCUGGAAUCUCUUCAAGCUGGUUGUAUUCCAGUGUUGUUGAGUAAUGGCUGGGAACUGCCAUUCUCUGAGCUGAUUGAUUGGCGUAAAGCGGUAAUCCAGGCAGAUGAACGGCUUCUGACAGAAAUUCCAUCCAUAGUAAGAUCCUACAGCCAAGAGCAAAUCCUUUAUUUAAAGCAACAGGCAUUGUUUUUGUGGGAAGCAUACUUUUCAUCUGUGGAGAAAAUCUUGCUGACUACCUUAGAGGUAAAUAACCAUACAUUGUGUUCUGUGAUUUUAUUUGAGUCAUUUGAUGAAACUGGAGUGAUGUUGUGUUACUUCACUGAAUUAGUAAACUUCUGUAUCAGGGCACGGUUAAAGUGCACUCUUGACAGUUGCUAAUGAGAUUUUUUCUUGUUUUAAUGAAAGGUGAUACGGUCAAGAUUAUUCCCAAACAAAGCUGCCAUUCAGCCAGUAUGGAAUACAUUUCCUGGAGCUCUGGUCAGUACACCACGUUAUUCCAAGGAUCCCGAAGAUUUUCCAUUCUAUCACAUCAAAUUGAAGACAGAGCAGGAACAAUUCACUGCUGUCAUCCACACUACCACAUCUGUUGUCAGAGAGUCAUCUUCCUUGUUUAGAUUAAUCAGGAAUGUUGGACAAUCAAAGUUUGUUGCUAAGGUAAACAACCAUGUAAUCAGGGUUCAGGCUGUGCUCUAUUAAUGCUCAGUGACCGCGGUUGCCUUAACCUUUUCUUAUGGGAACUGAAAUCGUAGCUUGUUUGGAUCGUUUUACGCCUCUGGGAAACUGCCCACCUACCCCUCCCCUAACCCAACAUUAACACUUACGUUUCACUUAGGGCAAAAUGUCGGCUUAGGGGAGGGGUAGGUGGGCAGUUUCCCCUCCCCUAUGCCAACAUUAACACUUACUUUUCACUUAAGGCAAAAUAUUGGCUUAGGGGAGGGGUAGAUAGCUUCCCUCAGUUUUUUGUAGAUCACAGCUUUGGGGUUGCUAUUGUCAGGCAAAAGCUGGAGAAUUCUUUUCCAAAAGCUAGAUGUGUCUAGAACUCUUCUUGGAAGAGGCUCCCUUGUAGUUUGAUUCUUGAGUGGCCACCUCCCACAAGCAACCACUGGUCACCUGUAUGGGAGACUCAACUCUAUCAUUGAAAGACCCAGCUGGCAGGAAGUAAACCAGUCGGUUAUUAACAAAUUACCAAGGAGUUUAACUUGGACUGUUGUUGGCUAGAGUGGGUGUGAGUCUCUGGUCUGCAACUGUGUUGGAACCCAGCACCCAGUCUACUUCCUGUGAUUUCUGGGAUUUUUUCUCCUCCAUUUUUUUCUCAUGUAUAUAGUGGAUUAAAAUCUUAACUUACACAGUAGAUACAUGAAGUGUGCUCAAACUGUUGUAAAACUGGAUGUUGAACUGAACAGUUAGCUUAGGAUGAGUGACUCUUAGGGAGGGCUUUCUGCCAAGUGACUGUUGAUGAACUGUAUGAUUCUCUUUGUAAAUUGCUUGGUAUCUUUACUUGUAAAACAAAGAAAAAAUUAUUGACAUUAUCAAGAGCUUUCUCUUUAUCUCCCACCCCAUGUACUGUACCUCUUGGUAGUAGUUGCUAUGCGAUUAAACCUUGCAAAGUUUCUCCUCAUUAGGUAAUAGCAUCCGUGGUCUAAGUUGAACAGAUUAACAUUUAACUGCCAUGUAUAUGUUAUGGAAUAAUUUAUUGCAUCCUUGGUUUAAAUUCUCUUUUCUUUUAGGUUUCAAACUCAUUAUUGCACAUUACUGUACCCCAAACCAAAGGAAAAUAAAAUUUAAACCAAGGAUCCCAAAGAGCUCCUUUCUGUGCACAAAUGGCCAAAAUGCCUUUGUUUUUUUGAACAAAUUUAGCAGUAAUAGUGUUACACUGUAGAAUAAACAUGUGAAUUGUGUUAUACAGAUUGUAGUAUUAUGGACAUCUGAUGCACCUAUAGCUCACAACAAGAGAUGGCCUCAAAUCAGUAUUCCAUUAAUGAUUGUCAGACCAGAAUCUAAGGUAUGAGUAGAGGUAUUUUAACAUGAACUUCAGUUGUUAAAUUUAGACUGGACAUUGCAAUGACAGGAAAGCAAUAAUUAAUGUUGGUCAAAGUCAAUAAAUCCUUAUUUUUAAGCAGCAAAUUUGCAAUAAGUGUGUACAUGUAAGUAAUAAUUAUACCCCUCACACAAUGCAAAUUAAAUGUAAUUUGUAUUGCAUUUUGUGGGCUAAGAAGUUAGAAUUACCACAUUUUAUCUCCAUGAUUGCCAUGACUUAACUGAGCAAGGAUGGUGCAGUGGUGAGCACUUGCCUCCCACCGAUGUGGCCUUUGUUCGUAUCCUGGCAUCGACGCCAUAUGUGGGUUGAGUUUGUUGUUGGUUCUCUCCCUUGCUCCAAGAGGUUUUUCUCCGGGUACUCCAGUUUUCCCCUCUCCUUAAAAACCAAUACUUCCAAAUUCCAUUUCGAUCUGGAAUGCACAGACACAUUUCAAUGAGUUCUCAAGAACUCCUAAGCGCUCCAUAGGUAAACAAAUUACAAUCACAUUUUUUUUUCUAUGACCUGCUUUCUCCUUCCUGGUGUAAUCUAAUCCAGAGGUUGAGAGUUCAAAACAAGGUCAAAAACAAAUUCUUUGAUUAUUCUUUAUUUUGCUUUCCUUUUUCUCAAACUUGCAGGUUAGAAGGAUUUGUACAUAUAGUUUAAGUUUCUUACCUUAAAAUUUGAAUUUUUACCUGGACCCAAGGGUACUGCAUAAGGUACAUGUUGUCCUUGUUUUCAUUGUCAGUAUGGUUUUUGUCUUUGCUUUCAUACAGACUGGAAACUCUAAAUUUAUGCCCAGGACUGUGAUUGAAACAACUGCAAUCUUAUCACUGGAUGAGGAAAUCAAACUGAACUCUGAUGAGGUAGGCUUUUACAAGAUGGUUUUAAUUUUUUUAAAUGGAUAUAAUACAAUAUUGACCCCUCCCCCCCCCCACAAUAGCCACCAUGGGAACAGAAGAAAGUGGCUGUUGUCGACAGGUUUAUACAAGGCUUGCCUGCUGAAAAAAGUGGCCGUUGAAGAGAGCUGGCUGCAGUGGGCAGAUGGCCUUUAGUGGAGGUUACUCUGUAUUACUAACAGUCUUGUUCUUUCAUUCAUCUUGCCUUUUUUCUUAUUCCACUAGAUUGAUUUUGCCUUCUCAGUGUGGAAAAUGUUUCCAGACCGUCUUGUAGGAUUUCCAGGAAGAGAUCACUAUUGGAGUGGUAGCAAAUCACAGUGGAUGUUUUCAUCUAAAUGGAGCAAUCGCUUCUCUAUGAUCUUAACAAGUGGAGCUUUUUAUCACAAGUAAUGAGGAAUUUAUUUUAUUUUUCUUAUUUCAGUGAGUUUUUCAAACUUGCUUUGUUAAAAAUGAAGGUCUUUUUUUUAGUCCGUUCCAGGCAUUCAGAUAGUAGAGCAUGGCGUUCUGAUGGUGGGGAGCAAGUUAAAUCGUGCACAGGGGAAAACAAGAGAAAAACCCUCUCCAGUCUCCCCUUGUUUUGUCCUCUUCAAUUUUUCACCUGCGUUCUACUUUCUGCACAGGGCUGAAACUUAACUCCAGUGCUUGGUGGCCAGCUGGGCCAGUUUCCUUGAAUUUUUUGUCACCCAGGUCAACAUUAAGUGGCCCUGGAUUUCCAGUAUAUUUAAAGGAAAGAGGAAUGUGCCUUUAACGGAUUUUGAGCCAUGGUCUCCCUAGCCUUUCGUCAAACUGUUUUGAAAUGUUUGUGAUCUUUUGUUUUCCUCGUAAUUUCUGUUUGAUUCCUGCCCAUCUUCCUUAUGUCGUGUUUUUUUCGUUGGAGGCAGCUCACAAUCAGAGAGAAAUCCCCACAUUAUGCCAGUCUUUUCCAGUUGAUUUAGUAUUCCGAAGCUGUUCACCCGUGGGAGCCAAGGAAGCAGCAGUGACGAAAGCAAAGUACUGUGGGAAAGACUUGAGUCUCACGAAUCGGUUCAGAGUUUAGGGUUUAAUCCUUUUCCAUUUAAAACUACAAAAUGUUCAUGGGACUUGAAGAAAUUAGAUUCAGGGAAAAGAAAGAAAGGUAGUCCGACUAAACAACUUGUCAUUUUUAUUUCUAUUUUAAGUUUGUACUUGCAGUCAUAAUAUAAGCUUACAUCAGGCUGAAUUCGAAUUUAUAUUUUUCUAUCAUAGAUGGGUGAUUCAAACAUAAUUUUUCAUCUCCAAGCUGCAUCUUAAGUCACCACUGACAACUUGGCGACUGCCAAGUUUCAGCCCUGUCUGAGUGCCUGGAACAGGCUGGUCUUCUUUGCCUAUUAAAAUAUUUCUUUAGGGAUGAGGGCAAUUAUGUCAUAACAUGAUCACUACUCAAUUCACACAUGUGUAUUUAAUCUUAAAUAUCACUCAACUUGCAGAUACUACAAUUACAUGUACACCCAUUUCCUUCCACCAAGAGUUCAUCGUAUGGUAGAACACCAUGGUACCUGUGAGGACAUUGCUAUGAACUUCCUUGUCGCAGACAUCACAAGAAAACCACCAAUUAAAAUCUUACCCCAAAAAACAUUUGAAGAUUUGUACAGCAAGAAUACAAAGCAUUCCAAACUUGUACAGCUCUUUGAACACCGACAGAGAUGCAUGGAGACACUAGUGGAUAUUUUUGGCUAUAUGCCGCUGGUCAAAUCUCAAGUGCGACUUGACCCUCUAUUGUACAGGGAUCCAGUGUCCAAUCUACGCAAGCAAUACAGGCUUAUAGAGGUUUAG